CCCUUCCCUCAACCUCUCCCAAUUCAUAACUCCAUCAAUCCUCCCUCCCAAGUCUCUCUGUAUUCUCAAAGCAAAAGCCAGCUCCGAUGGCUAUAGAUCUAGUUGGCUUCUCCAAGAUGGACGAUCGGACUGCCGUGCAAGAAGCUGCCUCCGCCGGCCUGCAAAGCAUGCAGCACCUCAUACGCACCCUGUCCAAUCAAACCCCGUCCCACACUCCACUCGAUUGCCGGGAAAUCACCGACUUCACCGUCACCAAGUUCAAGCACCUAAUCUCCGUCUUGAACCGGACCGGUCACGCCCGGUUCCGCCGCGGACCGGCCAAACCAGCUUCAGAUUCGGUCCAUCCGAAACCUCAGACGACUUUGACUGCUUUUCAAACCCCAAAAUCGGACAAGGACAACUCCACUACUGUGUCCCCGCCGGUGUCCACUACGUCGUCGUUUUUUUCCUCAAACACAAUCGGAGACGGCAGCGUUUCCAACGGUAAACCCUUCUCAUCGAUUUCUGUGCCUACGCCUCCGGCUUUCUCCGCUGGAAAACCGCCCCUUCCACAGUCUCACCGGAAACGGUGUCACGAGGGCGAACCCGCUAAAACGUCGUCGUCGUCGGGCCACUGCCAUUGUUCUAAAAGAAGGAAGUGUAAGGUUAAGAGGACGAUUAGAGUGCCGGCGAUUAGCUCGAAAACCGCCGAUAUACCUGCGGACGAGUUCGCCUGGAGAAAGUAUGGUCAAAAGCCGAUCAAGGGCUCACCUUACCCGAGAGGGUAUUAUAGGUGCAGUACAGUGAGAGGGUGUCCAGCAAGGAAACACGUGGAGAGAGCACAGGACGACCCCAAGAUGCUCGUCGUUACCUACGAAGCUGAGCACCGUCACCCGCACCCUUGCCCUCCCCUCACAGCCGCUAAUGUGGGCCCUGUUUUCCAGUCUUCCUGAAUAGAGUGACGCGGGGUCCACAGUUUGAUUCCCGAUCGUCACCGUUGAAGUAACGCCGUGACAGUGGACAAGUACACAGCAUGUGGACUUAGCGCUAUUUCACAAGUCAAAAGAAAAUGAUGCUGAAUUACAAAAAUGACAUACGGUGUAAUGGAAACGGAGGGGUAUAUGAUGUAAAUUAUGGAAGAAAAGAACGGCGAAAGAGAGAUGGAAAAUGGAAUAUAUACUUUUGAUGAGUUAUUGAAUUUAUUCAAAUUUUUUAUUAA